AUGAGCAAGCACAGCAACAGCAACAGCAGCAGCAACACUACCACCACCAUCAACAGCAGCAGCAACACCAGCAGCAGCAGCAAGCAACAGCACUCAAAGCAGCAGCAGCAGCAACAACAGCACCAACAGCAGCAGCAACAGCAACAACAGCAGCAGCAGCAACAGCAGCAACAGCACCAACAGCAGCAGCAGCAACAGCACCAACAGCAGCAGCAGCAGCAAUAA